AUGACCGCAGAGGCCAUCCUGCGUCUGGUGAAUGACCCAGUGCUGCCCUUCUUCACCCUGGACAUAGUGCUGGACAUCCAGAACAAACUCAGAGAUAAGUCAUCGGUCCCUCCCGCGCUGCUCGUUGCUGCCUCCUCGCUCCGGGACCAUGCAGCGUUCUUCCAGUCUGAGGUCAUGCGUCCGGCCAAUGACCCCAAAGAGCGGGACCCGGCUCACGUGCGCAUGCUCAACGAUGUGCUGAAAGACAUGGAGAAGAGCUUCAUCCUCCCGCACGCUCCCCCCGGCGUCUACAGAAACCUGCUGUACAGUCUCCCCGGGAGCCCUCCUCGCUUCUCCAUCCUGCGCUUCUCUGACGACUCCUCCAUCCUCUUCUGUAACAACGCCAAGAGCCACAUCAUGACCACGUCUGGCAGCUUGGAAGUGCCGGGCUCGCUGUCAUAUGACUCCUGCUCCAGUUCCCGGGACCAGGAUCUGGAGCUGAUCCUGGCGGCCGUUCGCUCCGCAGACAGACUCAUCUGCUUUGGACAAGAGCUGUUUGAAAACUACCCAAGUGAACGGAAAUAA